AUGGAGCAGCUACCAGUUUUUUUGUUGUUUUUUGCUGAUACACGUCUAGGGGCAGGUGGAUACCCACAGGGAGUUCGAGCAGGAAAGCAGAUUGGCUACAGCAACGGAUACGGCAGUGAGGUUUAUGGCACAGCAGACGGUUAUGGAGCAGGUCUUGGCGCUGGAGGCCUUGGAGGUCCAGGACUGGUAGUGAACCCUGGCCUUGGUGCUGAUGCCAAGUCUAGAAAAUAUGGGGCUGGCGGAGUUCUUGGAGCUGGAUCCUUGCCUUACGGUGGCCAGCCUGUGGUCUCAGCUGGACUUGACCCUCAAAGCAAAGCUGGUAGUUAUGGUGGAGCUACAUACAGAGGAAUACCAACGCUUGGGGCAGACACUUCUUUGGGUGGUACAGGUGGAGCAAUGGAGCCAUUAGCAGGCGGAGCUGUAGGCCAGAUUCCUUACAACGCACCAGUCAUUGCAGCUGGGCUUGAAGCUGAUGCUGGUUAUCCUUUUGGUGCUGAGCAAGUCAGCCUGGGUGCUGAUGCUACAAAGACAGCCGCCAAAUAUGGCACUGGAUAUGCAGCUGCACUGAGUACUGGGGGUCAAGGGCCCUAUGCUGGACAGAAGGAUGGAAGCAAGCUUAGUGGCAUUUAUGGGAAUGGCUACAAAGGAAAACCACACGACAAGCAUCCUGUGUCAGACUCAUGAGGUGACAUUUAAGAGGAAACAAGUCAAAGCCAUUGUUAAAGGGAUAGUUAACCCAAAGAUAAAGAUUCUGUCAUCAUUUACUCAUUUACC